AUGGCCCCAGCAACUAUAUCCAGUCUCCUUCUCGCGAGCCUCGCGGCCGUGGUUUCGGCGCGCAACUGCAAGAACCUGAUGAUCCCGCUCUCGCUCUCCGCGCAGAAUAUGGACUUCACGCUUAAGGCGCCUAGUAACGAUAUCGAGGUGACGAACUUCGUCUUGAACUCUGGUCAGGCGGGUGUGAACUACGCCGACGAGAUACUAAGCGAAACCAAGUACCGAACCGUGACAGGAAACUACUCCAUCGCCGCAACCUACUGCGAGCCUGACGCGGGUCCGGGCCGCGCACUGCAGAUUCUCACUCGUAAGCAACAACCCCCUAACCUAGACCUUUCUUCCCAGAAAACCAUACUAGAUUCUCCCCAGCAGACAAAAGCUUCCAAACCCAAACCCAAGCCAAUCUAUUCAUCUACCUACCUAGACGGCGCCGCCUUCGACCGUACAUACUGGGACUUCCCCCUCCACGCCUCCAACUACAGCUACGCGAACGCGGCCCUAGCGCGCAACUACAGCGUGUUCUUCUUCGACCGCCCGGGCAUCGGACGAUCCACCCGCGGCGACGCCGUCGCCGAAAUCCAGUCCGGCCUCGAGCUGGCCGCCCUGUACGCGCUAACCACGAAGCUCCGCCGCGGCGGCAUCCGCGGCAUCAGCGCCCGCUACCAGCGCGUCGUGCACGUCGGCCACAGCUACGGCUCCGCCCAGACCUACGGCCUCACGGCCGCCCACCCCGACGACCGCAUCUCCGAUGCCAUCGCGCUGACGGGGUUCAGCCAGGGGCUGGGCACGUAUGUGGCGAACUUCCUGUUCGGGGGCAACUUCGUGCUGGCGGGGGCUGGCUACGGGCCCGGAUACAUUACGUGCGGCGACGUCUCGGCCGUGCAGUCUAAUUUCUUCGCCCCGGAUAACUUCGACCCGGAGAUCCUAGAAGCAACCUAUGCGACGAGUGCGCCGACCGCCGUUGGUGAGCUGUUGACUAUUGGUAGCCUGACGGCUACGAACAAUAGCUUUACGGGGCCUGUUCUUGUUAUCACGGGAGAGCGCGACGGUGCAUUCUGCGGAGGCAACUGUUACGUGUCCGAGCCUAGCAUCCCUGAACAGACUGGGAAAUCCUUCACCAACACAAGUUCUUUCGAAGCUUUUGUUGUCCCCGGUGCUGGCCAUGGCCUAAACUUGGAGUAUACCGCGCAGGCAACAUAUGCGAAAAUCCUUGACUUUUUUGACAAGAGCGUUUAGAGUCGGAUACAUGUCGCUUUAGCAUCCUACGGGGAAUUUUAUUGUCUAUAUAGAGACACAGAGAGCUCAAUUAAGCAAAGAUGCCAUCACGUCCAGUUUCUCCAUUCCGUGAUCCAGGGAUUGCUUCCACGAGUCCAAACGCACAGACAAGGCAUCGCAAACUAGAGCAAAGAAAAUAUCUUAAAGUCCAUAUUAGAUACCCCACUGUCUCAGACUCCUCUAGAAAUUGUCGAUACUAUCGAAAGAGCUCUACUCAUCAUCAAUAUCAUCGUCAUCUGUCCUUUGAAAUUAGCAAAAUGCCAAUGCCUACGAUGUUUAGUGGAUUGGUGAUACUAAUACAUACCUUCGGAUGGUGAAGUAUAGCUGUCCUCUUGCAUAUCCUGGUCAGGAGGCCAGUU